AACAUUUCCUGCAAUUUAUUGAGUGGAUCACUACCGCUGAUGUAACUACCGUCCACUCCCGACCUUCAGCUAACCGCAAAAUUUAAGCCUACGUUGAACUCUGGUAAUGGCUCCAUGGCGCCCACUGCGUUUAGGUUCAUUAGUCCUUCAGGGUCCUACUUAUUUGAUGCGUCGCAUUGUCGCGCUGCCUUGUCGCGUCCACCCGACUACUCCAUCCCACGGAACUUUAUUUUCUAGCACCGCGGUUAUCGCAACAUCGACCAGCCGGACGUCGCGUCGUAAAUCACGCGCAACAACAAAGGAAGCAGCGCUGGGGAGGCCCGGCGGUUCUGGGAGCCAAGGAGCCUGGGCCAAUGAUGCGCCAAGCACAUCGACAACAGCCGCAAGCUCAACGCAAGACGCCCCAGUAAAGCGAACCCGCCGUGCGAAGGGUUCUGUUGCGGCCACGAAGAGCUGUACUUCCGACCUAAACAGCAGUAGCAGCUGUACGGCAGAUGCAAAGGCAGUGCCAGGGAUAUCGGUUGCGUCCUCAGCUGCUGCAUCGCCACCAGCCGUUCGCAGCGCGGCAACCGCCGCCUCGGCUAAGCCCUCCGUGCAGCCGCCCACCUUCUCUUCCUCCCAACGGUCAGGGUUGCUGUUGGUGGUUGACGGCAACUACCUGGCCAACCGCGCCUACUACGGGUACGGCAACCAGGGGCUAACUACAAGCAGCGGUGUCCCCACCUCCAUCACCUACAGUGUCGUACGGACCCUGCACGCCGCCCUGCGCACGCUGCGCCCCACCGCGCUGGCGGUGGUGUUCGACCCGCGCGGCCCCACCUUCCGCGGCGCCAUGUCGCUGCUGGACCCCUCGGCGGCGGGCGGGCAGCUGGGGCGGGCGGCGGCGCGGCUGGUGCAGCAGGGCCGACUUGACUGGCAGGAUCUCGCCAGCCGGCUGCUGCUCUACACCUCCAUUCGCGCCGACCUGCAGGCCGCAGCAGCCGUGGAGGCUGCUGCCACACCCGCCUCCUUCCUGCUGCCCGGCGGCACCUUCCUGCCGCCGCCGCCGCCGGACUUCAUCCCCUACACACCCGCCGCCGCCGCCGCCGCUGCCGCCGCCGGCGAGGAGCUACCUCUAGGAGCGGAUGCGGCGCCGCCGUCGCUGUCUCGCGGCCGGGCGGCGGUGUCGGCGGCGCUGCAGGUGCUGGCGGCGGCGCUGGGACCUGAGCUGGCGUCGGAGCUGGGCCUGACGGAGGUGGCGGCGGCGGAGGAGGAGGAGGGGGCUGCUGCUGUGCUGCUGGAGCCGUCCUACAAGGCGGGUCGGGCGCAGCACACGGAGCGGUUCUACACGGACUUCCAUAACAUGCAGCGGCUGCUGGGGCUUAUGUCUGUGAAGCCGCUGGUACGGCCCUGGCUUGAGGGCGACGACCUAGCCGGUCUGCUCGUCCAAGAAGCCGUACGACAGGGCAUGUCCGUACGCCUCAUCAGCGGCGACCGCGACCUCAUGCAGCUCGUCAGUGACGAGUACGACGUGUCGCUGCUGUACCCCGCGAAGGCGCCCAAGAAGGGGGCGGCAGCAGCAGCAGCAGCAGCGGGCGGCGGCAGGGUGCGACCGAGCAGUGAAUUCCCCUUCAGCGAGCUGCGGGAGGCGGAUGUGGUGGCGGCGCUGGGGGUGGGCCCGGAGCGGGUGGCGGAGUGCAAGGCGCUCAUGGGGGAUGACUCGGACCGAUUGCCGGGAGUCAAGGGUAUCGGCCCCAAGACUGCCGUACAGCUGCUGGAGGCGUACGGCAGCCUGUCAGGGGUGUACGGCGCGGUGGGGCAGCUGCCUGCCAAGCGCCGGGCGCUGCUGCAGGAGUCCCAGGCGGCAGCGCAGUACUCGCUGGCCAUGGCGCGAGUGCUGGGCACGGAAGGCGCUCCCUCCGCUCCCCCAGACGUGCUACCGCCGGGGCUGCUGCAGCGGUUGCAGCUGCGCGGAUUCGAACCGGGGCUUGUGGAGCCGGCGCUGCGGGAGCUGGGCAUGAAGAGCCUGACCCGUGGGUCGGGACGUGGGGGCGACCUGUGGAGGGACUUUGGAGGAGGGUUCUCACAUGUUGCCAGGGCUAGUUUAUAGCUAUGUAUUUAUGCCGACAGAAGGGCCAGUCUGUUUAGCGGGAGUUGUGGUGGGGCCAAUGGCGCUAUGGCGGAAUGAGCGGACGGGAGACUAACACCGCGUUUACCUAAGAGCGGAAGGUAACAGACGCAGAGGGGGUGCGUUGGCGACAUGGCUGUUCAUAUAUAGAGCCAGGGUUGAAGCCAGUAAAGGCGUCUCAUCACGGCUGCCAUGUAAUUGCAGAGUGAUGGUUUAGCUUCUGCUAUCUUUGACUCGUUAAAUCCAUUCC